CUCGAGUCCCGGACGACCCAUAACCAUUAGAAAGCUCAAAUCGCUUUACUUUUUUGAGAGGAUUCGAAAUUUGGGGGCUAGGGUUUUGUACUUGUAGAAAGAGCGAAGAAGAUGAUCGAGGUGGUUCUGAACGAUCGUUUGGGGAAGAAAGUGAGGGUUAAGUGCAACGAAGAUGACACGAUCGGUGAUCUGAAGAAGCUUGUGGCGGCACAGACCGGAACACGAGCGGAGAAGAUUCGAAUUCAGAAGUGGUACAACAUCUACAAGGAUCAUAUAACUCUCAAGGACUAUGAGAUUCAUGAUGGCAUGGGUCUUGAGCUUUACUACAACUAGGCUGAUUGAAGAAGCUUAGCUGAAGGAGUUGGGCACACCUACAUAAAAAACUCAUCUGAACCAUGUGGUAUCUAUAAAAAGACAGAAGUAUGUUGUAAAACGUGAUAACUUCACAUGUUUGGUAAUAAUGACAUUGACUGCCAAUGGUUUUAAAACCCUCACAACCUGUCUGAUUAGUUCCUGGCAAUACUUUGCAGCUGUACAACUUUUGUCUAUCUCGUCGGUGCUAUAGAUGUUUAUUGGUCGUAUUCCA